AUGAAUUUCAAGUCGAGCUCUGUGCGAGUCUCCGAGCUCGUCCCGGAGGCACGGCCCUCCCUGCUCCGGUACGAAGCCCUUGAUGGCCCUGAAGAGGGACUGGAAGCGCGCGCUCGGUGUGUGGCCAAGUGCAGCGCGGCGCGCCGACCUGGAGUGCGCGGUGGAUGGAGCGAGAAGCGGGGACGGGAACGCGGACGACGCCGUAGAAAUGAGCAGCAAUUCGGGGUCUCAGAAGUCGGUGCCAAGACCCAGGCGCAUCUACUAGUAGAAGAGGAAGAUCAUGGAGAAACGAAGACCAGUGGUUUCAGAGAGGGUAGAGCACCGGAGGGAAGCAGACAUGGGCAGCGCGAGGAUGAGAUCAUUUUAGGGAAUGACAAGCAGAACGGAGACGAUUUUCAGGACGACAAAGUCCAGAGCGGCCUUGAGGAAAUUUUUCCCCACCCCGCCGUCGUCCUCGUACUGACCACAUUUAGUAUGGUACAGGUAGACCGCACUGAGGUAGGCAAGAAUACAGACACCCGAAAAACAUACCAACCCGCGGGCUCGCCCGGAGGGAACGACGCACUUGCCGCCACGAUGGGCGCAGGGCAGUCAGCCUCACGCGACGAGAAUGAGCAGGGUGCGGCCUCUCCCGUCAAGACCUGCUAUUACGAGCUACUCGGCCUCGACCGCCAGGCCUCAGACGAAGAGAUACGCCGUGCCUACAAGCGCAAGGCUCUCGAGCUACAUCCCGACAGAAACAUCAACGAUGUCCAGAACGCGACCAGGAAAUUCGCCGAGGUCCAGACCGCCUACGAGGUCCUCUCCGAUCCCCAGGAACGGGCCUGGUACGACUCCCACCGCGAUGCAAUCCUAAGGGGCGACCCCGACGGGGACUCCUCGAGCCCCUACGAACACAAUAACCAGCGCGUCACCACCACCGAGGAGCUCUACUCGCUCAUGGGCCGCUUCAACACCAGCGUCCCCUUCGACGACAGCCCCCGGGGCUUCUUUGGCAUUCUCAACCUCACCUUCGACCAGCUCGCUGCAGAGGAAGCGGCGGCCUGCAACUGGGACGGCCAGCCCGUGCCGCAGUACCCUCCCUUUGGCUCAGCCGACGACGACCACGAAUCCACCGCCCGGCCCUUCUACAAUGCCUGGUCGGGUUUCUCCACCAAGAAGUCCUUUAGCUGGAAGGACAAGUAUAGGCUCUCCGAGGCCCCCGACCGCCGAAUCCGCCGCCUGAUGGAAAAGGAGAACAGAAAGUUCCGCGACGACGCCAUCCGUGACUUCAACGACGCUGUUAGAUCCCUGGUUGCCUUUGUCAAGAAAAGGGAUCCCAGAUACAUCGCCAGCAGCCAGUCCGAGGCUGAGCGGCAGAAAGCCCUGCGCGACUCGGUGGCCGCACAGGCAGCCCGCUCUCGGGCGGCGAACCAAGAAAAGUUGGCCAAUUAUACCGAGCCCGACUGGAUCAAGUCCCGCGAGCUCGAUGAAGAUCACCUCAGCGAGUUCUCCAUGAGCGAGGAGGAGUCCGAGGUGGAACAGAUUGAAUGCGUCGUCUGCAACAAGUCCUUCAAGAGCGAGAAGCAGUUCCAAGCGCACGAGAAGAGCAAAAAACACAUCAAGGCUGUGCAGCAGUUGCGUCGGGAGAUGAAAAAGCAGGAUACGGCUCUCGAGCUGGACGCCGAGCAAGCGCGGCCCGAGGUGGACGCCCAGACUGCGACGUCCAACCUACAUGCCCCGAGUGCCUCCGAAAACGGGUUUAUCGUUGAGCCAAAGCAAGCUUCCAACGGCCAAAGAUCGCUCGAAAAAGCAAACACAGGAGACGAGGGCGACGGUGCAGGCCAGACUUCGCCAGGUCGAUCCUCGGCUGCCAGCGCUUCUCCUUCCGAAAUUUCGGAUGAUGACGACUAUGCCCCGAGGCAUUCUGUGCAGGACCGUCUCCUCUCACAGACUCGGGAAGGCGAACCUACAGACCCGACACAGCUCGCCGAUGAGUUGCUCCCCUCCCAAUUCACCACUCUGAACGUGGACAGCCAGCCUGUGCCGAAGAAGGUUGGCAGGGCCAAGGCCAAGAGGGAGAAAAAGGCAGCCCGAGAAGUCGCCCAGGGGCAGCAGGGUAAUGUGCACCAAUGCGCGAUCUGCGAGCAAACGUUCCCGUCCCGAAGCAAGCUCUUUGAGCAUAUCAACGAACUAGGUCAUGCUAAGCUAGUCCCUGCUACGUCCAGGCCCGCCAAGGGUGGUAAGAAAAACAAGAAGUGA